GAUACCUACACACACCUGUGACACACACCUCAGUCACAUUUCUUGGCGUCUUGAGGAAAAUUCCAGAGAACGCUGCACACACCUUGAAGUAAACAGUCUCUAUCAGAGUAAGAACAGGGACAAAAGAGAUCUCUCGGGUACUGCCUUCCAUUUUCUCUGUGUAACCCACUCACUUUCUUAUCCUGUUCCAGUGUUUACUCCACCUGUUUAAAGAUACAUUCAUUACCAGCUCUCCUCCCAUUUCAGUCGCUAUUCUAGCCUGGGGAAAAGCUAAACAGAUUGUUAACCUGACUACAGACAGGAGGCUUGCUGUGCAAUUUUCUAACCAUUAGGACAAGGGAGUGAACCUGUUUGUGUUUCAAGGAAAUGUUUUCUGUGUCCACCCAUUUAAUCCAGGUAAAGGGUAUUGUUCUGCACCUCAGUGCAGUCUUGGAUCCCAGUCCGGUAAAGCAUGAAUUUUGGAUAUGGAUACUAUUGAACUGCAGAGCUAGUAAUUUUCAGGUUAUGUGGCAUUGUGGGACAAUGACGACUGCCACCCAAACUACAGCAAGGCCUACACUUCCACAUGCUCAAGUCUUUCCCUCUGGAUUCCCUCUCUCCCAGUGAGCUCAUGGUCGUAACAGGCUGCUGCUUCUUGUACCUGGUUGGCAGGUUCACUGUAUUCUUUGCCUAACAACUUCCUUCCACUGCUGUUGAAAAUUAAGAGUCCUUGCUUGGCAGCUGCUCUUCCUUAGCUUCUUGAAGCACCAAGCCUUCUUUUUCUCCAACAGGUGUGCUGUGGUGUGAACCUACAGGCAGAACUUUGUGCUGAAAAGCAUUAGAAAUGGAAGAUUUUAGUCUCCAAAUCAUUUGCAAUUAUUCAAUUUAAUUUAAUUGUUAUCUGGAUGUUUCAGGCGCUUUGGGGACACUGUGGUGGGGACUGUUCUCCAAAAUAUAAUUUUCAAUAUGCGCUAAGAUUCACAGGACAUUGAAAAUCAUUGUUGAACAUGCCAUUAAAGGUCAAGGCCAUUUUGGGCAAAUUAACAUAAGGAUUAUAUUCAAAACUCAGGAAGCAAUUGUGCCAUUUUUGAUCGCACUGGGAAGACCUCAUUUAGAGCCCUGGGUUCAGGAGGCCUGAGCAUUUUAAUUCAAGAAAGGUGCUGACAAAGGAGAAAGGAUUGAGAGGAGAGCUAGAAAAUGAUAAGAAGGUUAGUACAGACAGGGGAGGGAGCAAUUUCCAUUUCCCCUUCUGCACCUUCAGGUACAAUAUCUGAAUUAUUUGUCUCUUGUAAAAAAACAACAACACACAGCUAAAUGUCCAUUGAAAAUACUUGGCAAUGAGCAGAAUGGAACUGCAACCACACUUCUGCAUGUUGUAAAGCUGGGGUGCGGAACCUGGUGCCCUCCAGAUGUGUUGCUGAAUUCGAGCUUUCCUCUACCCAGGUCAGCAUGGUCAAUAGCGGGGAUGAGAUCUGUAAUCCAGCAACAUCUGGAAAGCUGCUGGUUCCCCACUCCCGUUGCAAAGUUAUAUGUGCAGGGCUGACUCAGGACAUUUUGCCACUAGGGUAAAAUGACAAGAUGAUGUGUGUCCCCCUUCCGAUUGGACUGGUAGUUGAAUCUGACUUCAACACUGGUGAUGGGGCAGCAGGCUAGUGUAGGGUUGGUAGCACAGGCUGUAUGGCACUCACAACUUUCUCCUUCAAUACCUCCCCAACAUUCCUGGCCCACAGCAUCUGCGGGGGCCUCUGUAUGCAAAACUAUAUGUUGCGUAGGAUGCUAUAUAAAUAUAUUGCUUCAUAUUUCAUCAGAAAUCUCUAAACUGUCUCCAAAAUAUCAGAAGCCCUCUCUACAGCAACUGAGAGCAGGACUUUCAAAGUUGGCUAUUGCUGUUCUGUGGAGCAGCAGUUCUGAGAUAUGACAGGCUCCCACUAUCUCUAUGUUCCGGAAACAAUUGAAAAUGUUUUUGUUUCAACAAGCUUUUCCAGGUGGACGGAAAGGUCAUUGCUUUGGGUUUCAUUCUGCGUUGAUUGUUCUUAUACUAUUUUCAAAAGCAUUUUUGCUGUUUCUAAAGAUGGAACAUACAUCACUUUUAGGAGAUAUAUUAUGGAAGGUGUUUCACAAAAUGAAUGAAUUAAAUGAUAUAUAAUACAAAUUCAACAUCCAGUGUGCUACAACUGUUAAUAAGAACAGAUCCUAUGUUUUAAGUAACAAUGAGUAUCUAAAGACAAUGUUAAGUAAGUAAAAUAAAUGGGGAGGUGAGCAAAUCAUACAGAAAACAUACGGUAAAUUUGGAUGUGUCUGCUAAAUUUGUAAUAUGGAUCGCAAUCCUAACACAGUUCCAAAGAAACCUAGCUGCCAAGUGCUUCAACCACUACCAGGCAGUCCAAACAGCGACCCAAUUUUUAAAUGAUUUAAAUGAUGGAGAACACCACAUGUGGUAAGCAAAAGUGGAGAGACACUAACGUACCUGGCCUAUUGGCUUUGCUUUUCUGUGUAUCUUUUUUUUUCUCCACCUAGCUAUCCAGAACUAGAGUGAAAUCCUAUAUCCUGCAAUUUAUUAGAUUAACCUUUCAGAAACUGCUUUUAAUUAGAACACUGGGAAACCUCUCUUCACUUGCUGCCAAAUUGUAAAAAAAAAUAAAAAUCAUCACACGAAAGGGGAAACAAAUUAAACAGAGAUAUGUUCCAUUCUGGAUUUGGGUCACUCUGUAAGAAAUCCUAUCAAUAACAGAAUUCUGCAGUGGGAUUCAUGGUGCAUCCAUUUGUUUGUCCACUACAUUGAGAAACCUAUUUUUAAAAGAAUGCAACACACACAACACACACACACACACACACACACACACACACACACACACAAUGAUAAUUAACAAAGUAUAAGUGUAUCUUAGUGGUUGAAAUAGUGACAUGUAGCAAGGAGUCUUGAUUUUUUAAAUAAUAAUAAUUGCUUUGUGUGUCCACGUCUAAUCUUGCCCAUUUCUAAAAUUUAUUUAUUGGUGUGUGUUUUUCUUCUUGUAAAUCUACCAAAUAAUAAAAUGAAAUGAAAUGAAAUCAGGAUUAAGGGGUUAAGAGGGCAUUCGCACUGUAUCCUGUUGAUGUCAUGGUCGUGGCACUUACCCUUCACCUGAUAGGAAAUGUUCUGUGGGGGUGGGCACACACAAAAAUGGGUGGCUGGGGAGGGUCAGUUGGGGGGAGUGAGAGAGAAAUGCCCCUGUUUUCAUCUGAGGAACGUUGUAGGGUGUGUGCUUUGUCUAUACGAGUAGAUCUUCAAAACAAUGCAACAGCUACCUUUAAGCUGAGAAUAAAUCUACGCGCUUGAAAUAAAGACAAAUCGCAUUAGCUCAUCAUGACUGCAGAUGAGUCCUGGCUACCUUGGGAUAAUUGAAUCGUAAAAUAAUUCAGCAUGAUCUACCCAUUUGUCUGUGAUAUGUUUUGAGUGUGCAGCCAUGUACAAACUAGGCUGGCUUUCCAUUGAAGGAAAUUGUAUUUUUGUGAGAGAGAAAGCGAGAUAGAGAUAGAGAUAGAGAUAGAGAGAGAGAGAGAGAGAGAGAGAGAGAGAGAGAGAGAGAGAGAGAGAACUUGCUUUGUAAAGAACUUUUUCAGCGAUGGAAGGAAAAUGUCACCACAUCCUCUGAACAGCAACAUACUGUACAGGCCCACUUCUGUGCCAAAGAAUGAACAGAGUUAAGAGAACAGUGGGCAAUGUUUAUCCUUGUUCCUUUCAGCUCCUCACAGCUGUGUAGAGCCUGGUCAUCAUUACCAACAAAUGAAAAGGAAUGGAAACAUUAACUCUGUGGAAUCUUUGAAGAAGCUGGUGGCAAUGAAGUUAAGAAAGCAUUAACAAUGGAAAGCAUUUAGGAAAAGGUCAACACUCAGAUUAAUGUAUGCUCUCGCUACUGGGCUGCUUCGGGGCUAAGAUGUGCUCGCGCUAUAGAUGAAGGGACCAGUUUAGGGAUGUAGUUAGUCACGGGCUUCCUUCUGUGAGACUGAGGACUGUAGCUGCUUGAUGAAAAUAAUUACCACUACCAUUCUUUGCUCCGAUGGGAAACUGGCUAAUGCUGCUGCUUCCUUUCUUAGGACUUCUGCCAAGCAGCCAGUGUGCUUCUCUCUUCCCACCAGCAGGCUAGCCUUGAUCCUUGGUAGAUUUGACAGAGCAGGAUAUGGUAUCCAUGGGACCUCCAAUUGUUUUGUUGUGCUGCAAAGGAACUGGUAGCAACAUAGUCACCAUGUUCAUAUAGAUACCAAUGAGUGUUGCUAUGGGCAAUGGUGAUGAGGCAAACACAACACAACACACACACACACACACACACACACACACACACACACACAUGCACACACACACCAAGCUAAGUCACUGCUUGAUUUGCUAUUCAGACCACUCUUGAGCACUGAAGCAGUGGCCAUCUGCCAGUGUUUGUAAUAGGAGGUCAGUAUGCACUGACAUUCAAUAAAUUGGUAUUAUAUGCCUCAGAUUUGUGCUUUAUGGGUUCUGCAUUCUUUCAGAAAUAUGAGCGUUGAAUGGAAUUGUGAUUGAAAAUCCACAUAGACAAAUUUGUGUCCAAAGACGAGCAGAUGGUUGCAUUGUCUAUCUCUAAAUAAUAAUGUUAUUUAACCAGAAAAAUGAUUUGACAUACUCAUUGAAAGUAAUGGGACUUAGGCUCAGUAGUAAAUCCACUCAGCUCAAUGAGACUUAUUUCUGAGUACAUGCAGGACCUGGAAUUUUUGGAAAGGUCCCACUUUCCCAAAAAUAAUGUGUUCCCAAUACACUGUUUGUUAGACGAGUGUUCGGAUAACAAGCUGACAAUUUCCUAUGGGAACAUUCCUAAUCGGUGAUCUCUCCCCCCUCUCCUAACAUAGUUUCUUCCUGAAAUGGCUGCAGCCAACCAGCAAAAGAGAGACAAUGGAAAAACUUAUUUGCCUUAUCUAUCCUGCUCUCUGAUUUAUCCAAUCUCUCUCUCCCCCUUCCCUCUCUCCAUUCAUUUUUGCCUGAAAAUGGCUGAUAUCUAAAUUAGCCAUGUGUGUAGCAAUGUUUGGGCAUAAUUAUUCAUGUUCGGAUAAGUGAAUUUUCACAUAUCGAGCAUUCAGAAAGCAGGACCGGUUCUUUGCAAACAAGCUUAUUGGUCAGACAGAAUUAUGCUUUUCAUUUAAACUCGUUUAUUUGGGAUUCACUCUUUUUAUGUUUUAUUUAUUUGUAAUGCAAUAUUUCCUUGAAAACUGAGACAUUGGAACAAAAUCUGGUACUCAUGUUUGGAACACAAUUCUAGAUUUAAAGUAGAAAUAUCUGCUUGAUCUCUGCACCUACAUACCUGUAUUUUCAAAGGAAAGGGACAGGAAAAUGCAAAAUGCACCACAAUGGAAGACUGUAAAUGAAAAUUUAAUAAUUUCCAUUUAGAUGUAUUGAUGAUUUCCUCCCUUUGUCCUGAGAAAGAUUUUAAGAUACUAGACUCCCCACUCCUCCCCAGUUCAUAAAGAAAACAUAUAGUUCAUAGUGAAUGUGCCUAUUAAUAGAAAAGCCAGAAAAAUACAUUUCAAAAUGUACUAGUGUGGAUCAAGAAAUAGGACUGUCAUUUCUUUUCUUUUCUUUUUGACAGAUCACAUUAUUUCCUUCAUUAGGUUCGGGUUCAACUACCAUCUACAAUGUGAAUAAAAUUCAGGAUACAUUCACUGUUUUAUUAAUUGACGUUCCAUGUCGGGUAGUAGCUCUAUUCCACAUUCCUGUGAUGUGAACUUGUCACAGAGUUCACACAAUUAUUAUUUCUCAAGUUAUUCCUGUGGAAAACCACUUGCACUUUCACUCUGCAACAUAAAAAAUAUUUGAGAGUACCGGAGACUUCUCAAGAUUGGAGUGGUGGGGGAGGGGGGAGAGCAUUUAUUACACUUUUUUAAAGAUUUUGACCUAGGAAUGUACCCAGCACAUUAUUUAGAUCCUAUACAUGAUGAAACAGUAGCAGACAUUGAUUCAGUUGGACCAGUGCUAUCAGUGGAUCUGGGAACUGAAUUUGCACAGGGAAAUCCUCUGUUAGGAAUGGGCAAAAUCUGUCACUUUUAGCAGAUUGAAUCCAUUGUAAGUCAUUCUCAGAGUAUGUACUUUGAAAUUGCUGGGCAUGCCUAACUUAGGUCCAUAUGUUUCAUAGAAUCAUAGAAUGGUAGAGUUGGAAGCAACUACAAAGGUCAUCAAGUCCAACACUCAAACCCAUGGCCCUGAGAUUAAGAGUCUCAUGCUAUUCUGAGCAGAAUUUAGUUGGUACAAUCCAGUUUCUAAAUCUUAAAUUCAGUUUGCCACAUUUUUGCAUCAGUUUGUGAUUUUCUUUCUAUAAAAAAAAGUUCUCAUGAAAUUCACCCGCAUCUCAGUGUGUAUAUUUACUAAUAUACCAGCCAGUUUUGCCUAAAAUGCGUUUCUGUAUGAGUUUUCACAAAGAUCAGUAACAUAGGAGCCAACUUCUAGGGGCUGAUUUUCCUAUUCAGGGAACAACAACAACAUUCUUCUUCCUUAAAUAUGUAUUCUUAUGAAACUGCAGGGUAUUUACAAGAACCCCGCCAAUGUUUUUUAUCUGUUUACAAUUUAUCUGUAAAUAUUCAAUAAACCAUUUCCAUUCUUGUAUAAAAAGUUUGUUAUCUUGAUUUAUUAUCCUUCCGGUAAGUUCUGCCAUUUCUGCAUAUUCCAGAAGUUUUUGUAUACAUUCUUACUUUGCUGGGACUUCUUCUUCCUUCCAUUUUGGGGCAAGUAACAUUGUUGCCUCUGUAGUCGCAUACAUGAAUAAGUUUCUAUAUGUUUUAGAUAGCUCUGUCCCUAUAAUUCCCAAUACUGAAUUUUGUUGGUGAGAAAGUGUGACCCCAUAGGGACGGGAUGGUGGCUGGAAAGAAGUGGAGAAAAAGAACGGGAAAUGAAGGUUGGAGGGGGGCAGGAAUAGUAGCCAAGUCAAAAGAGGGGAUUACAAGCUCCUGAUAGGCCUUAAUAAAUGAUUGGUGGCUUGUGGUUGACUUGUUGUUGUUUAGUCGUUUAGCCGUGUCCGACUCUUCGUGACCUCAUGGACCAGAGCACGCCAGGCACUCCUGUCUUCCACUGCCUCCCACAGUUUGGUCAGACUCAUGUUGGUAGCUUUGAGAACACUGUCCAACCAUCUCGUCCUCUGUCGUCCCCUUCUCCUUGUGCCCUCCAUCUUUCCCAACAUCAGGGUCUUUUCCAGGGAGUCUUCUCUUCUCAUGAGGUGGCCAAAGUAUUGGAGCCUUAGCUUCAGGAUCUGUACUUCCAGUGAGCACUCGGGGCUGAUUUCCUUAAGAAUGGAUAGGUUUGAUCUUCUUGCAGUCCAUGAGACUCUCAAGAGUCUCCUCCAGCACCAUAAUUCAAAAGCAUCAAUUCUUUGGCGAUCAGCCUUCUUUAUGGUCCAGCUCUCACUUCCAUACAUCACUACUGGGAAAACCAUAGCUUUAACUGUGGUUGGCUUAAAAGGUCACAAGUUGUGCAGAUCUAUUGGAUAAAGAUGGUGCCUGUUCUGCUACCACUGCCAGUUGUUUCUCCUUUCCCUUUCUUCUCCUGCCAACUUUACUGAGCAGGUUGGCGGUGCAGCUCACGGUUAGGUGACCGCCUUUUCGCUAUCGGCUUUCAGCAGGGCUUAACAGUCAUUUCAGAAAAGAGCUCUAUGAAGGGUAAAUUUUAAUACUCAUAUGACUUGAGGUUUCUUGGACUGCGGCAAGGAAUGGGAGUGUCACCUGUUAUUUGCUUGUUUGUCACACAUUGCGACUCAGCCCUGGCAGGCUGAACAGAGGGAAACCUAACAAGUUCUGUAUGGCUCACUGCUUAUCAGGAGCAGGCACCAGCAGCCAUAUUGUAGGUCAGCAAAACAAAGAAACAACAAAAAGAGGCCUUUUGUGAGGGAUGAAAAGGGAAUGGAAGUGUCUCAGUGACUUUGUGACUGCAUUCUUUUUUGAAAAAUCUUGGUUUUGGAAUAUAUAUAUAUGCAGGCCGGGUGUUUGUCGCUGGGUCCUUCCCAAAAUUUCUAUUUUAAUGGCCUUUUAAAAAGCUUGUAUAAAGUUUAGGCGCAGUCUGUGCAAAAAGUGACCCGGUCUUGAGAGAAAUGAAUGAAGUUUAUAAUACUGGAGCCUCGCAGCUUGUAAAGUGAGAUAAGAGUCUGUCAGUGCUUUCAUUACUCAGGCACAAAUUUCCUUUACAAUCUGCACUGUAGUCUUUACUGUUCCAGCAAGCCAUUCCUAUUCUGCUUUUCAGUAGGCUACGCUGAUUUUGCCCGCUACAAUCCCAGUUAUGGGAGAUAAUGGAACAAAUGAGAAAUGGUUUCAUACACCAAAAAACUCUAUUAUAAAGCCUCAAAGGGGUUUGGGCCUUACAUUUCCAAAACAGUUUGCCUAGAAGUAAGUGGCAUUGAAAUAUAUGGGACUUACUGCUGAGAAAACAGGGUUAGGAGGACUGUGCAGUAAGAGUCCAAUUCCUUUGCUCCAUUACAUACCCUCUAAUAUUUCUCUGGUGAAAACAAGGAUGUCCUAUUUUUAAUAAUUAAUAAUAAUAAUAUUUAUACCACACCCACCUGACUGGGUUGCCCCAGCCACUCUGGGUGACUUCCAACAUAUUAAAACAUAAUAAAACUUUAAACAUUAAGAAAAUCUGAAGGGCUGCCUUCAGAUAUCUUCUAAAGGUUGUAUAGUUACAUAUCUCUUUCGCUCGGGAGUUCCAUAACUCCAUACCUUCCAACAUUUCUCUGAUGAAAAUAGGGACAUCCUAAGGAAAAGUGGGACAUUUCAGGAUCUAAUCAGAAACCAGGAGGGCUUCUGUAAAUCCGGGACUGUCCCUGGAAAAUAGGGACACUUGGAGGAUCUGCCAUGAUAACUUCAAUUAGCUGGAAAAUCACCUCCUAAGAAUUGCACUAAGAAAUGAAGAUAAACCUACUCACAGGGCCCUUUCCAUCAGGGUUGCUCCACCCCCCCCCCCCCAAGAGUCUGAUGCUGUGAAUACAGGAGGGUACAAAAGUUACGAUAUCAAGGAGAAGGCUUGAAAGUAACUGUGAUGAGUUUUCAUGUGGAAGAUGUGGAAGAGGCAGCUCGGCACCUGAACGUGAAGGGCUGCUGUUGCCACUUGUGCAUUUAGCCAUGUCACAGAUAACCAGGACACAAGGAAGGGUGCUUUCAGUAGCUGAUAUAGUAUCAUGGAACUCCUUUCACCCUUUGUGGAUUGUCAAUGUCUAAAUCAGCCCAUGAGCAUUUUGGGUCGUGCUGUAAGAACUGUGUUGUCCCUCAUAGGGUCAAAUCUUAUGCCUCCUGCUGCAGAUUAUGUUGGCUCAAGGAACAAAUAGGUAUAAAUGGAGAAUUCCUGGAUGCCAAGAUCCAAGACUGGGGCAAAUACUCUUUGGUGAGAGAAUUCAGGCAGAGAUUUAAAGUCACCAAAUAUGCAGCAAAGCGAAGUGUAGAAAUAUAGGCUAUUACCAGGGGUCAGCAAACUGUUUCAGCAGGAGGCUGGACAACUGUCCAUCAGACCUUGUGGUGGGCUGAACAAAUUCCUAUGCCCCACAAAUAACCCAGAGAUGCAUUUUAAAUAGAAGAACACAUUCUACUUGUUGUGUAUUGAGUCAAAGGAUUUUAUAUCUGUAUUAUUAUUGUCCGUAUUUGCAUUAGGAUAAAGUAACUGCCUUUUGGUCCCAGAGGGUACAGCUACUAUUGGUUCAUUUAAGCUGCUGUAUUUGGAUCCUCUGUCUUAUUGGUUUCCUCCAAAAGGCAGCACUGUGAUUGCGUGAUAUUGUUCCCUCCAAAAUGUAUCCCUUCCUAGCUAGUCCCCUGUCCCUAUAAAUGUAGCUUUCCUCUCCUCAGUCUUCAGUCUUGUUCACUUUAAUAAAGAGCUGUUACUAGAGAACUGUCUCCAGCAUGUUUUGUCAAGAGAGCUGAAAUCACAAACCCCACGUCACAACAACUGGCGACGAGGAUGGGAUCCGGAAUGCUGAGGAGCGGUUAAACACAACCCUGCCUCAGAGUCCGGAUUGCAGCUGAGAACAAGACUCACUGGCCAGCUGAGAAGACGACCCUGCCCGCUAGGACAAUGGAGAGUCCAAGGGUAUUGGAGCCCUUCCAGCCAUCAGAGCCCCACAGCUGGGAAGACUACGUCGAACGCUUCGAGUUCUUCGCAGUGGCUCAAGGGAUCACCGAUGCCAGCAAAAGAAGGGCCACAUUCCUGAGCUACUGUGGGCCCGAGACCUUCAAGCUAGCCAAGGCAUUACUUGCUCCAGCUAAGCUGAGUGAGACAUCUCUCCAAGAUAUUCUUGCCUGCCUAACAAGCCACUUGGCGCCUACUGAGACCAAGAUGGCCCGGCGGAUGGAGUUCCAUAAGAGGCAGCAGCGUGCUGGGGAGUCUGUAUCCACAUUUCUGGCUGAACUCCGGAAGCUCGCUCAGCACUGCGGCUUCCAAAAUCUGGAAGAGACUCUCCUGGAUCGGUUUAUUGGGGGUCUGAGCAGCAAGAAAGCCAGAAGACGCAUCGUGGCUAAAGAAGAGGUUACCCUUGCUUCAGCCUUGAAGGAGGCCACCGCCACGGAGAAUUAUGAAAGAGAGGAGCUUGAUGCCAGUCGCAAGGCCACUAAGCCACAGAUAGAAGUUGCGCAUGCCAUGGACGAGCUAGAGGCUACUCCAAGCCAGAGCCCAGUCCGUGGGGUUGAGUCGGUGCGUCAGGCCUGCACAGUGCACAGAGAUCGCCGAGGCAGUUGCCCAGGUUGUGGCGGAAACCAUGAAAGGAAGAGUUGUCGUUUCAGGGAUGCUAUCUGCCGGACGUGCGGAAAGACAGGUCACAUCGCCAGGGUCUGUAGAUCGGCGGCGUCGGGAGCGACAGGAGCACCUAGACUGGAGCAUUGCAGACCGCCCACAGCAACUCGUUUUCUAAAGGACUGCCACUACGUAACGGAGAUCAAUGGGAGGGCCGUGCAGUUUCCAGCGCAAGGCAAGGCACACGUCAAGGUGAAGAUUGAGGGUCAGCAGUGCGACAUGGAGGUGGACUCCGGAUCUGCAUUCACCAUCGUGUCAGACCAGACCGCGAAGACAUUCUUCCCCAGGGGUAAGUUGCCCCCUCUGGAGCCCUUUCCGGCAACCUUGCAGUCGUACUCAGCAGGCCGCAUCCAUGUUAUGGGAAUGUGUGCCGUGAGAGUACAGUUCCGGGACAAACAGGCUGUACUCAAACUGGUGAUUGCGAAGGGCAGUCGCCCCAGUCUCCUGGGCACUGACUGGUUCCCUGCCCUGGGACUGAGUAUCUCAGGGCUUAAUUCAAUCCAAACCUGCCCUGAGAUGAGCGAGGUAUUAUGCAAGGAAUUUGCUGGUCUCUUUAAUGGAAAACUGGGUUGUUAUGAAGGGCCCCCAGUUGACUUCGAGUUGGACCCCGGGGUGGCUCCAAUCCGACUCAAACCAAGGCGAGUGCCAUUUGCACUGCAACCCAAGAUCGAGGCAGAGCUGGAUAAAUUGGUCAAGCAGGGAGUUCUCUCACCCGUGGACUCUGCUAAGUGGGAGACUCCAAUCGUCACGCCCCUUAAAGCAAAUGGGGAAGUCAGGAUAUGUGCAGAUUACAAAUGUACUAUCAAUAAGGCACUCAGGGGAAACUCAUACCCCAUUCCAGUUGUAUCACAUCUGUUGGCUAAACUGGCUGGGGGCAAGGUGUUCGCCAAAAUUGACCUGGCACAAGCUUACCAACAGCUGCCAGUAACCCCACAAUCAGCGGAAGCACAGACUAUUGUCACACAUAAAGGGGCGUUCAGAGUUAACAGAUUACAGUUCGGAGUUUGUGUGGCCCCAGGGAUUUUUCAAGGGCUCAUGGAACGCCUGUUAAGAGGUCUGCCGGGGGUCUUGCCAUUUUUUGAUGACGUUUUGAUUGCUGGAAAAGACCCACAGGAACUGGUUGCGCGUGUCCGUGCAGUGUUGCUCAAGUUCAAGGAGGUGGGGUUGCAACUGAAAAAGGAAAAAUGCAGUUUUGGGGUGCCAACGGUGGAUUUCUUGGGGUUUAAAAUUGAUGCAUCAGGCAUCCACCCCACAGAUGCUAAGAUUAAGGCCAUCAUCGAGGCACCACGACCACAGAACAAGACGGAGUUGCAGUCAUUCCUGGGACUUAUUAACUUUUAUCAUUCGUUCUUACCCCAGAAAGCUUCGGUAGCUGAACCAUUACAUAGACUAUUGCAGAAAAAGAAUGUGUGGCGAUGGGGGCGGGAGCAGCAGAAGGCUUUUGACUCCUUGCGAGGAAUGCUGAGUAGCAGGAGCGUCCUUGCUCAUUAUGAUGAGUCAAAGCCGCUGGUCCUGGCAUGUGAUGCCUCUCAAUACGGUCUGGGGGCUGUGCUGAGUCAUAGGGAACCGGAUGGGUCGGAAAAGCCCAUCUCUUUCUAUUCCCGUACGUUGUCGCCCACGGAGCGCAACUAUGCUCAAAUUGAUAAAGAGGCACUGGCUAUUGUGUCCGGAAUCAAAAGGUUCUAUGAUUAUUUGUACGGUCGCCAUUUCUCCAUUGAAACGGACCACAAACCACUGUUAGGGUUGUUCAACCCAAACAAACAAACGCCACAAAUUCUCUCCCCCAGAAUGUUGCGUUGGUCAAUAUUCCUGAAUGGGUUCCAGUACACCUUGACCCAUGUGCCGGGGAAACAGUUGUGCCACGCUGAUGCGCUGAGUCGAUUGCCCCUUCCUGGCGGGAGCAAUGAGGAUCCUGCUCCGGCGGAGCACAUUAUGAUGCUAGAAACACUUCCGGGGGCUCCUGUAACAGCUACUGAUAUAGCUGAGAAAACGAGGAAAGAUGCUGUUCUCUCCCGUGUGCUCACUUGGGUGGGGAGGGGGUGGCCAGGUGGUCCGCAUGAAGAAAAAUUCAGGCCUUAUGCGACAAGGCAGCACGAAUUGUCCAUGCAUAAGGGUUGUCUCCUAUGGGGAGAUAGGGUGAUCAUCCCAGCACCACUGAGAAACAGGGUUCUUGAGACGCUGCACAUGGGACACCCGGGAAUGGUCAGGAUGAAGUCGCUAGCCCGAUGUUAUGUGUGGUGGCCUGGAAUGGACCAGAACAUAGAACAAUGGGUACGAACAUGCAAGGCAUGCCAAGAGGUGCGGCCAGAAGUGGCCAGAGCACCAGUCCACUGGUGGGAGCAGUCCAGGACUCCCUGGAGCCGGCUGCACAUAGAUUUUGCUGGGCCAUUCCAAGGGAAGGUCUUUUUGGUUAUCGUUGAUGCAUAUUCCAAAUGGUUAGAAGUGGCGAUGGUCCCUAGCAUGGCAUCAGCUGCCGUAAUCAAGGUGUUGAGGCAGCUGUUUGCAACCCACGGGUUACCUGAGACCAUUGUAUCAGAUAAUGGGGCAGCUUUUGUAUCCCAAGAAUUCAGGGCAUUCUUGGCUGAUAACUUCAUAAGAGGGGUCACAUCCGCGCCCUUUCACCCAUCCUCCAAUGGGCAGGCUGAGCGCAUGGUAAGAACAGCCAAAGAAUCCAUUGCGCGCUUAAUGGAGGGUAACUGGUCGGCUCGCAUUGCACGAAUGUUAUUUUUGCAGCAUGCGACGCCGUGUACUGCGACGGGCAAGUCGCCAGCCGAGCUGCUCUUAGGUAGAAGACUGGUAACGGUGCUGGAUUAUGUCCACCCAGAUAAAAUGCCAAACCGUAAUUCAAGAGCAACCCCCCAGGCUGAGACUGACACAACAAGGUAUCUCGCCCCUGAAGAUCUGGUCUGGGUGAGGAACUAUUCACGAGGUCCGCGGUGGGUGGCUGGUGUGAUCACCCGGGCUAGUGGACCUGUGUCCUAUUAUGUGACCUUGGAAAAUGGGCAAGUUUGGAAGAGACAUAUAGAUCAGCUGAGGCGCCGGGCGCUCAGCAGGGAGGAGUCAGAUAAUUCAUCCCUGGCUAAUGACGCACAGCUGCGAGACCAGAGUGAAAAUGGUCCAGAGGUGCAGUCACCAGGGACUUCAGCAAAUGAACCAGGGUCUGCUAGUCCUCAUGAUGACGAGGUACAGGUCGGGGACCCUGAGAUGUCUGGGACUCCCUCUGUUCCUGAUGAAACCCCUAUAGCAGCUCCUCCACCACAGGUAACACCCAAUCCAGAACCUGCAACACCUGUUGUCAAGAGAUCAGGUAGAAGUUGUAGGACCCCACAGUACCUGAGGGAUUACGUCUGCUGUGCUCACUAGGGGGGGAGGGGUGUUGUGUAUUGAGUCAAAGGAUUUUAUAUCUGUAUUAUUAUUGUCCGUAUUUGCAUUAGGAUAAAGUAACUGCCUUUUGGUCCCAGAGGGUACAGCUACUAUUGGUUCAUUUAAGCUGCUGUAUUUGGAUCCUCUGUCUUAUUGGUUUCCUCCAAAAGGCAGCACUGUGAUUGCGUGAUAUUGUUCCCUCCAAAAUGUAUCCCUUCCUAGCUAGUCCCCUGUCCCUAUAAAUGUAGCUUUCCUCUCCUCAGUCUUCAGUCUUGUUCACUUUAAUAAAGAGCUGUUACUAGAGAACUGUCUCCAGCAUGUUUUGUCAAGAGAGCUGAAAUCACAAACCCCACGUCACAACACUACUAAUGUAAAAACACGCUGAUUCCCGGACCGUCCGAGGGCGAGAUUUAGAAGACAAUUGGGCCGCAUCUGGCCCACGGGCCUUAGGUUGCCUACCCCUGUGUUCGACCUUUAAAAUAUGCCCUUUCAAGUGAGCUCAAGUUUCCCUCCUCCCCUACCUUAGAAAGAAGACCAGUUUGGUAAGUUAAAAAAAUAUUUAAUUACAAGCUCUCAAUAGGUCAGACUAGUGUGCUUCAAAAAAGUUGCACAGGCAUUAAUACUUGGGUUAUUGGUGAAAAUGCUAAAUUAUUGGUACAGAAACUCAAGAAUGGCUGAAGAAAGCCAUGCGGUUUGAGCUCGAGCAACCAGCUCAAACCUCAUUAUAUGUUGAGCUUCUCAAGCCGACUGGGAGGACAAUAAAGUCUUGAUUACCUAGUUCCUCUCAAGGUGAGGGGAAGUGGAUAUUGCUAAGCCUGGCAGGAAAGCUUACUCUGUGGUAUUAACCCCUUCGUGUUAAUUAGACUUAAGCAUGUUGGUUAUAUGAGGCUGAUUAUCCCACAGAUUAUAUAUCUCAG